AUGCCAAACUCCUUGGCUUCUCCUUCCGGAACACCAAGCAGGCAACCCUCUGUGGUUCCCUCUUUGGCUCCAUCUGGCACCCCAUCAGCUAUGCCUUCUUCUGCUCCAUCCUUCAACCCUUCAGUUAAACCUGGAAAUCCCACCAAGAACCCCACAAAAAUCCCAUCUGCAACACCCAGCACUUCCAUGUUCCCUUCUGGGGUACCAUCGGAAUCACCAUCUGGGCCACCUACCAGUUCUGACUCCGGAAUGCCAUCAACCAAUCCUUCAGUUGUACCAUCCUUGAGCCCUUCUUCUAUACCAUCCAGAGAACCCUCUGGAUCACCUUCUCAGCGUCCAACUGUGACGCCGGGGGCACCAACCCAAAGCCCAUCGAAAAUGCCAUCUACAGCACCUACAGUAUCCAUAUCACCAUCCAGUCUACCAAGCUCUCAGCCAUCACUCACUCCAUCGAUGGAACCAUCAUUUUCUGUGUCUCCCUCAAAAUCCCCAUCUUUACAGCCCUCCUUAAAACCAUCAUCCGAGCCAUCAAUACAUCCAUCGGAAAAUCCUUCUUAUGCCCCAUCUAUUGCUCCCUCGGACAUGCCAUCUGUGUCUCCAUCCUUCAGCUCAGCUCCCAGUGAUGCACCUUCAGGAACUCCAUCUAGAUGGCCUUCCACGUCCCCAAGUGGUGGCCCAUCCGCAUCUCCUAGUGGAAGUCCAUCAAUGCGACCAUCAUUAAUCCCAAGCAGUAGCCCUUCAGGUUUACCUUCUAUGGGCCCCUCAAAUAUGCCUUUGAUGAGUCCAAGCUUCAGUCCAUCAGAUAGUCCAUCAACACCUCCCAGCAAGACCCCAUCUGUGGAACCAUCAUCAAUCCCAAGCAGUAGCCCUUCAGGCUUACCCUCUGAGGUUCCUACCACUAGCUCAGCCCCCAGUAAUGAACCAUCUGGGCUCCCUUCUGAAUCACCAUCCAUGACUCCCAGUGUGGGCCCAUCAGCCGUCCCCUCUUACAACCCUUCUGGAAGUUCAAUACCCAGCAAUGCACCCUCAGGGAUCCCAUCCAAAUUACCCUCCACCAAUCCAAGUACCAACCCAUCCAUAGAACCAUCUUCAAACCCAAGCACUAGUGUGGGCCCCUCAACUAGUCCCUCUACCUCCCCAUCAGACAUUCCAUCCGCGACCCCCAGCAGCAGCCCAUCUAACAGGCCUUCUGAACAACCCAGCAUGAGUCCAUCAGUGGACCCAUCAGCCUACCCCAGCAUUGGCCCUUCAACACUGCCAUCAGCACUUCCGUCAGUUUCACCAUCAACGCUGCCUUCUGCUGUUCCUAGUCGCAGUCCCGUUCCCAGCCACAGUCCCUCGAACCUGCCAUCAUCUAGGCCGAGCAGUUCUCCCUCUUGCCCACCGCUAUCCCUUGGUGGAUCUGGAGAAGUGUUUGGAGCAAUUAAAGUCCUCCAACCGGGGAAAUGCAUGGACAUGUACCUUACACAAAGUGGACCCUAUGGAACCUAUGGCAACAUCUAUGCUGCAACCUGCAAUGGCGGGUCAAACCAAAACUUUCAGUAUGAUCCCUGCACUGAAACCAUCCGAGUGCUCCAUACAGGAGGCUGUUUGGAUUAUAGUUAUGUCAACGGCAAUGUUAUCAUUCAUGGUGACUGCCACGGGCUUGACAACCAGAGAUGGUUCAUGACAAGCCAGGGUGAACUCCAGACGUACUAUGAUGAUGCGAAGUGCUUGGCAUAUGACUCGGUUACCAGCAACUUGAUAAUGGUUGGCUGUGAUUCAAAAAAUGGCCAGCAAUUCAUGGUACCCAUAGAUUUUUUUGGUCUAGGAACUAUUAAUGGCCCACCUACAGAAUCACCAUCCAAGACACCCUCAGUGUUCCCGUCAGAGCAACCAUCGUUGGCACCAUCAGAGGUACCAUCCAGUGCUCCAAGUGCGUCUUGCUCCCAGUUACCAGCACCUACUGAUGGUAGUUGCGCAGCCCCAAACAAUUCCAAUAAUGAUGGUGGUCAUUCAGAUUCAUACCGUGGCUGGUAUUCAAUGAAUAAUGACGGGUGCUGUCAAGACUACUGUCGUUGGGUGGGAAAUAGUGGCUCAGGGGGCGACCCAAGCGCCAAAAUCACCUAUGGUGGAUCUUUUUGGGCAUGCAGGCCGGCUGGUUAUUCCUUGUGUCCCUACUUUAGGGACUUUGGGACUACUACUUUCAAUUUUGCAAAAUGUCACGCCCAGGGAGCACAAACAGCUCCCAGCUCAAGUCCGUCAGCCUCGCCUUCGAUGGUUCCGAGCUCCAAUCCCUCUGAAUCUCCUUCAGGAAUGCCCAGCAUGGAUCCAUCUAACUCACCCUCUACUUUUCCUUCCGUGUCCCCGUCAAUGAUUCUCAGCAACCGUCCAUCGUCAAGCCCAUCAGUUUCACCAUCAGAGACGCCAUCGAUGUUUCCAACAUGUGCGCCUGUGGCUGUUCCAUCGGGUGUAACAGGAGAUAUCAAAGCGAGCUCAGCAAUUUUGUCCAAUUUCUGUCUUGACUACUAUUUCAAUGAUGAUGGAACUGGACGGUAUCCUACAGUCUAUCUAUUCCAAUGUGUCGGCACACUGGCGAAAACAAAUCAGCGCUGGCAGUAUGAUCCCUGCACUGGAGCUAUUAUAAGUCUGCACGAUGAACGCUGUUUGGCGUAUGGGAGCAAAGGAGAUGUGGAGGUAAACGACUGUCAUGGGGGACCAAGCCAGAGAUGGUAUCUAGGAAGCAACGGCGACACCAUUCAAAGCGGAGUUGAUGAUGGAUGCUUGCAUGUGGACACAGCGAGUGCUGACCCCACAAACAAUCUGAUUGUUUCCAGCUGCGAUGGAGGAAGUGCCCAGAAGUUCACUUUCCCAUCAAACUUUUUCACAUAG